AUGACAACCAUUCACCAGCCUCCUGUUGGGACGGCAGACUGCCUUCCGUCGGCUCAGGACAGCCCGGCACCGGGCCCCACCAAUCUGCCCUCUGCGGCCACCGGUAUCAUCAGGGUCCGACUAACCAGGAGGGACGGCGCUCCGUUGGGGUUCCGCGUGGCCUGGUGUCUUCCGCCCAGCCGUCUGCGACUGAAGGCCUGGCACACAGUUCGGCUGACGGUCCGGCUGCCUCGGAAGGCUCCGCUGACCAUCCGGCUGCUGCUUACGGUCCGACUGACAGUCUGGCCGCGGCUGACGGUCCGACUGACGGUUCGACACCUGGACUACUCGGCGCUUCUGCACGCGCUGGUGACUGCCGACCAGGCGCUCAUCGGUCGUCUUCUGGCCGGUCCCCCAGCCGGUGAAACCUACCCGGCGUACCAGCAAGAAGACGGCCCGGUCCAGCUGCCCAGCCACGACCCUUCAGAGGAACGGGCAGCCUGCUCGAUCGUGGUCGACCCUCCCGAGCCCCCGGGAUCGGAUGAAGCGGUGGACAACCAGCCUGGCUCAGCCGGGUCUGACGAAUACCUCGCAUCCUGCGCGGCGCCCUCAGAUUUCAGCGUCCUCAGCUCGGAGCUGCAACAAGACAUUCUACAUAGCAUUGAGCAGAUUAUCUCGCACGUGGACGGCGUUGCUGACGAGGUUAUGAGAUCCAUGGUGUCGGAAGAUAACGGCUUCUUAGCCCUGAGAAUCUUCUACAGAAAUUUGGACUCGAGCUGUGAAUUGUUCCGGGCCUAUUUCUCGGUGCUGGAGAGGGUAGCUGAUGAGGCGGCCGGAAACUCGAUACGCGAGGAGCUGCUGGAAUUUCUUCAGAUCCCAGCCAAGUAUCUGAGGAAGCGACUGAAAAUCCUGCGGCGGCUCCGUGGCCUCAGCUCAUCAACGGAGGCACCGAUUUUACAAGCGCUCAUCAGAGAAAUCACGAAUGUUCUGGAGCCGGCGGAAUCUGUGACUGGGAGUCAGCCAGAAGAAGCCGACAUGCUCGUCUCUCAGCCACAGCUCACCUACAUGAAGGGCAUCCAGCCGGUGUCGCUGUCGGAGCGGCGCUGGGUGCACGCCGACGAAGUGGUGAUGCGCCGCGGCCGUCAGUGGCGGCCCUGCUACCUGGUGCUGCUCUCCGACCUGGUGCUGAUCGCUCAGCGCAACAGGCAGGUGGUGUUCGUCACCGAGCCGCCGCUGAUGCUCACCGACGUCAUCCAGCACACGUUCAACGUCAAAAAGAAAGAGACCGAGUUCCAGCUGACGGUGCCGGCGGCCGGCGGCGGCCACCGCAAACCGCGCUGUCUCGCCUUCCGCGCACCCAACCUGGAGGCCAAGCUCGCAUGGGAGGACCAGGUCCACAAGCAGAUGAGCCUGAUGAGGGCCAGCCAGAGCUCCGGCAGCCUGGCGUCACAGCGCAGCGUCUCCUGUGACGCCCUCAUCGAAACUUACAAGGUAGGUCAGCACAACAACUAA